CAUCUGACGUGUCUAAAACAGUUUUGCUCUUGUGGUGGAUUUUACUCGUGGGGGAUUUAUUAUCUAUUGGACUAAUAUCUGAUACGUGGUGUCAAGAUGCUAGAUUUCUUCUCCAUCUUCAGCAAAGGGGGGAUAGUGUUGUGGUGUUUUCAGGGAGCCGGGGUCACUGAAUCCUUCACCGGGCCCGUCAACGCUUUGAUCCGCUCCGUGAUCCUUCAGGAGCGAAGUGGGAACAAUUCAUAUACUCAUGAGGCCCUGAGUCUGAAAUACAAGCUCGAUAAUGAGUUCGAGUUAAUUUUUGUGGUGGGUUUUCAAAAGAUCCUGACGCUGACCUACGUGGACAAGUUCAUAGAUGACGUCCAGCUUCAUUUUAGGGAUCGUUAUAAGAAUGAGCUGGAGCAAAAGGGGGCUUUGAAGCUAAUCAAAAACAACUUUGACUUUGAGGAUGACUUCAACAUACUCCUCAGAGAGGCGGAGGAGAACAGCAGAGCUCGGAACCCCGCCCCCAUGCGCUCCUUUAAGGAGUCCGAGAAAUCCCAAAAAACUGUGAAGUCAAUGAUUGAGACCAAGGGUGGGGAAAAAGUUAAGGAACAGGGUGGAAAGAAGAAUAAAAAUGCCAAAAAGGAGGCUCCUGCAGCUGAGCCUGUCAAAGUGGAUCAAGGCAAGGCCCCAUCCUCUGGGCAGAAGACGGUUGAGAAUGGCAACCAGGGCAUGACUGCUGAUGAGAUCAUGCAGAAGAAUCGAGAGGAAUUCUUUCGCAAGCGCACAGUGGUACCUACUGAAAAAAAACCCACUAAGUCCCCAAAGCCCCAGAAGCCCAAGGAGAAACAAAUGCGUGUUUGGGACAUGGGCGGUAACAGCACCAAGGAGCUGGACUACACCAGAAGGAAUGGAGAUGGUUCCCAAAAUGGUGGCGAUCAGAACCAGGACGGACAAAUUGAUCUGGGGAUCCAGCUAAACUCCAUGAAGGGAGACCUGCUGGCUGUGGACUAUGAGUCCAGUGAGGAAGAGGAGAUGGAGGAGGAAGAGGAGGAGGAGAAAGUGGUUGUCAGUGAGACAAAAAAGAUAAGCUCUAAAAAGGGGGGCGGUUUUGGGGGCAUGUUUGGGAUGCUGAAGGGCCUGGUGGGCUCCAAGAGCCUGGCCCGGGAGGACAUGGAGUCAGUAUUGGAGAAGAUGAAGGAUCACCUCAUUGCAAAGAAUGUAGCAGCUGAAAUCGCCGCCCAGCUCUGUGACUCUGUAGCCAAAAAACUGGAGGGCAAAGUUAUGGGCACAUUCACCACUGUGGCCUCAACAGUAAAGCAGGCCCUGCAGGACUCACUGGUGCAGAUCCUGCAGCCCAAGAGAAGGGUGGAUAUUCUGAGAGAUGUCAUGGAUGCGCAGAGCCAGCGAAGGCCUUUUGUCAUUACUUUUUGUGGUGUCAAUGGGGUUGGAAAGUCCACCAACCUGGCCAAGAUCUCUUUCUGGCUGAUAGAGAAUGGUUUCACCGUGCUGAUCGCAGCCUGUGACACGUUCCGUGCCGGAGCCGUGGAGCAGCUCCGCACUCAUCAGCGCCGCCUGAACUCUCUUCAUCCUCCAGAGAAGCACGGAGGACGCCCGGUAGUCCAGCUCUAUGAGAAGGGCUACGGGAAGGAUGCUGCUGGGAUUGCCAUGGAAGCUAUUGCCUAUGCCCGCAACCAGGCCUUUGACGUGGUGCUGGUGGACACUGCUGGGCGUAUGCAGGACAACGCCCCCCUAAUGACAGCCCUGGCCAAACUUAUCGCGGUCAACAUGCCUGACCUAGUACUGUUUGUUGGAGAGGCUCUGGUGGGCAAUGAGGCAGUUGACCAGCUGGUGAAGUUCAAUCAGGCUCUGGCAGACCACUCCAUGUCUGACAAGCCUCGCCUCAUUGAUGGAAUUGUUCUCACUAAGUUUGACACCAUCGACGACAAGGUUGGUGCUGCCAUCUCCAUGACGUACAUCACGGGCCAGCCCAUUGUGUUUGUGGGCACGGGGCAGACCUACAACGACCUGCGCAGCCUCAACGCUCGCGCCGUGGUCAGCGCCCUGAUGAAGGCUUAAGUGGCUGCAUGUUUUGCUGUGUGUUCGUCAUCGCAACAAAGCCAAACAAUACCUUUUUGCCACGCUGCUGUGAGAUGUUCCAGCCCUGCUAACCUGCGUUUCUCAUCCUCCUGUCCUGCCCUCUCUACUUUGCAUCAAAUAAAGAACUCAUGUCACGCACAGGACUAUUCUCCCAGUGAAGGACAAGUGUGCACUGUGAAAGACAGAACAUUUUUGCAACAGAGGGAUCUCCCUUUGAAUCUAAACUUCUGGGCCUGCAGUGUAAAGCACCUCAGACUAGCCACAAGUCACAUCCAAAUGACAUUUUAGCUGACUAAAUGGACCUAGGCUGUAUAUGUCGUCAGUUUACUGGUUUCCACAGUAAAGACUUUAAGAAAAAAAAAAAAAAUCAACUCCCGACCUGGCAUUUUGUCAGUCAGUUUUCCCCUUCAUGUAAAUGAGGUCAGGUGGUGAAAGCUUGCUGGAUGUGACAUUUCAGCAGCGGCCUGUGCCCGAGGAAAGCUUAGUGACCAUAGUGCCUAUCUGUCUCCUGUCUUCUUGGUUAACACUUUCACUACAUGGAGUUAUACAUUAAGAGUACCAUGGCAGUUCAGGACAGGAACCCCCUUCGGUUCAAGUCUGAAUCAGUUUACAACGCCGUCAUAAAUUGGGCAUGAACAUCAGUACUUAUUAAGUUAGUAGAUGUUGUUCUCCCGUCAAAUUGGGGGGGGGGGGGGAGACUACAAACAUGGUACACUAAUUCUGGAUCGAGCUCUUUGCCUACCUAAUAUUCUGUUAACACUUUUCAUUACAAAAUGGAGACUUUGAUUCCUCAGUUUAGUUGAUGGAAAUUGGAAAGAUAUUUUGUAAAUUAUUUCUUUUAGUUCUUAAAGGUUGUCCCUAGAUUUUCAGACAACACCUUCUGUGUGAAGUCCUAUGGGCCUUUUUAUUUAUAC